AUGGCCGGUAGAGCGGGCAUGAAACGUGAUGCUAAUCAUUUGACGACACCAGAGGCCGAUUCUAAGAAACCCAAGGCCAAUGGAAGCAUCACUUCAUUCUUCGGGGCCCCCAAAAGCAAACCCAACGAUCCAAAGCCCACUUUGUCUUCAUCGAGCUUCAACAAGCAGAAAUGGGUCGACUCAUUGACUCCAGAACAAAAGGAGCUCCUCCAACUUGAAAUUGACACUCUCGACGAGAGCUGGCUGGCACAGCUUAAGGAGGAAGUCGUCAAGCCGGAGUUCCUAGCGCUGAAGCGCUUCCUCCAGAAGGAAAAGCAAUCGGGGGCUAAAGUCUUUCCUCCCGAAGAAGAUAUCUACUCAUGGUCUCGUCAUACGCCUCUCCACAAGGUGAAGGUGGUCAUCGUCGGCCAAGAUCCUUAUCAUAAUUAUAACCAGGCUCAUGGUCUUGCAUUCUCCGUCCGCCCUCCAACUCCUGCCCCGCCUUCCCUCGUCAACAUUUUCAACGAAAUUCAUAAUGACUAUCCCUCUUUCCAAAGACCCGCAAACAAGGGUGGCCUUCUCAUACCCUGGGCUGAGCGUGGUGUAUUAAUGCUAAACACUUGCUUGACUGUACGCGCACACCAAGCCGCUAGCCAUUCAAACAAGGGAUGGGAAUUGUUCACGCAGAAAGCCAUAGACUUGGUGGCCCGAGUACGGACGCGCGGAGUUGUUUUUCUUGCAUGGGGAACACCCGCAGGGAAGCGUGUGACAGGCAUCAAUAGAGCGAAGCAUUAUGUUCUGCAAUCGGUCCAUCCAAGCCCGCUAAGUGCGUCAAGAGGAUUCUUCGGAAACCAACAUUUUAAAAAAUGCAACGAGUGGCUUGCUGAACGUUAUGGUGCCGACGAAGUCAUCGACUGGUCAUUGACUUCGAAGAGCAAAAUCAGCUCACCUUUUAGCACCAUCCAAAGCCCUGCUCUCACUGGUGCCCCGAAAAAUCCUAUCGCUAAGGAGUCGGAUGCUAGUUUGGUGAAGGAAGAGGUUUCCAAAACAACAGAGCCUGCCAAAUCUACCGAGGCCGUUGACGAGUUUGAAGACGAUCUCGAUGCGCUGGAAGCCCUAGCAGCAGCAGAAGUGACCAGGUAG